AUGCCAGAAGAUCGUCAUCAUCCCUCGAGACGGCGGUCACGCUCGCCAGACUGCUCAAGACGUGACCGUGACCAUCAUCACAAACGACGGAGCCGGUCUCCAGCCUCAGUACAAUUGCCUCUGAAUGCGCGUGCCCUGGUCAAACAUGAUCUGAAGCAGUUCAAGCGGUUGUUUGGACUGUACCUCGAUAUUCAGAAGCAGAUUGACAUAGAUGAUUUGGAUGAGACCGAAGUCAAAGGUAGGUGGAAGUCAUUCUUAGGAAAAUGGAACCGCGGUGAGCUAGCAGAAGGCUGGUAUGAUCCCGUGACCAAAGAAAAGGCAGAUCGUGCCGCUUCUGAAGCGAAGACGACCCGUCGUAGCCCGCUAUCAAGAGAACAAUCAGAACAAGAUUACCGCCAGCACGAGCAACAUGCAACUACUAGCCAGCCGGCUGCAGACCAGGACGAUAGUGAAGACGAAUACGGGCCUUCACUCCCGACUAAUGCAAGUCGUGUUGGACCUACAGUACCAUCCAUCCAAGAUCUCCAAUGCAGAAAUGAACUUGCCGAAGAAGAUGAAAUCGCUCGCCGACAAGACUUACGUUUCGACCGCAAGAUGGACCGCAAAUUGCAAAAGGAGCGCUUAGAAGAACUCAACCCACGCGCCGAGCCCGGCUCGCGCGAACGUCAACUCGAAAAGAAGCGCGAAAAAGCUGUCGCCAAUCGCGCAUUCCGCGAACAAAAAUCUCCGGGAGCCGAGGAAGUUGGCGAAAAUGAUCUGAUAGGUGGAGAGGAUGGCAUCAAGGCUCAUAUCCAAGCAACCCAGCGUAAAAAGUCGGAACGUGAAUUGAGGAAGGAGGAAAUUCUUCGCGCUCGCGAGGCCGAACGUGAGGAGCGUCUCGCACACCAUAGGGCCAAGGAAGACAAAACCAUGGAAAUGCUCAAGAAUCUGGCAAGACAACGCUACGGCUGA